AUGAAGCAACUUCCAGCGAAUCAUUUGUUGUGGGUUCACUUUUGUUCGGGUUGCAGACAGACCCUGCGAAGCUGUUCUUGGGUCGUUGGAUUACAGUUAAGAGGACAGGAAAGUGCAAUUUUCUGCUUUUAAAACACAGAACGCGAACUAGCCAAGGUGGUCUUCUCUUCCUAUGAAACGACCACUGUGGCAGGUUUCUCUAAGAGCAUCAGUGUCAAACACAGAAGCUGUGGACGAUAAAUAGGAUGUCCUUGGACAACGUGAAUCAUCUACCUGACUUCUAAACUUGUUGCAUUUGCUCUAUAACUCCUCCGGGUGCGCGUUUCGGAUACUUUGUGCGUAACUGCGGAACCGCUAUUCAAAGUGGACUAUAACUGAUGAGCUGUGUGUAAAAACCUGCACUUUUACAUAAAUAUCCAUUUAUGAGGAGAUGUCCUUUCUGCGGGUGGCGGAUUUGUGAGAGCAAAACCUGCGUCAAUCGCACCGGGUCGCGCACAUUGGGUCAGCAUGGCAGCCGGAGUCGCCGCUUGGCUACCGUUUGCGCGCGCCGCGGCCAUAGGAUGGAUGCCCGUAGCGAGUGCCCCGAUGCCGCCGCCUCCACGGGAAAAGAGGCGAGGUCAGGACGGUCUGAUCAUCUUGAACGUCAGCGGCACAAGGUUUCAAACUUGGCGGAAUACUUUGGAGAGGUACCCCGACACCUUACUGGGAAGCACAGAGCGCGACUUCUUCUUCCACGAGGAGACCAACGAGUACUUUUUCGACCGCGACCCGGACAUUUUUAGGCACAUCCUCAACUUCUACCGAACCGGGAAGCUGCACUACCCUCGCCACGAGUGCAUCUCCGCCUAUGACGAGGAGCUGGCCUUCUUCGGCAUAAUUCCUGAGAUAAUAGGGGACUGCUGUUAUGAGGAGUACAAAGAUCGCAGGAGGGAGAACGCGGAGAGAAUUCAAGACGAUGAGGAGAACGAAAACAACAACGAUUUGGUGCUGCCGGAAAUGUCGUUCCGCGAGUCCAUGUGGCGCGCGUUUGAGAACCCGCACACGAGCACCAUGGCGCUUGUGUUUUAUUACGUCACGGGCUUUUUCAUCGCCGUCUCCGUUAUGGCCAACGUAGUGGAGACUGUCCCGUGCAUCAGCGGGCCAAACCGGGCGAAGGAGGUCUCGUGCGGGGAGCGCUACGCCCUCGCGUUCUUCUGCUUGGAUACGGCCUGCGUCAUGAUCUUCACCGUCGAGUACCUGCUGCGUCUUAUCGCUGCGCCCAGCAGGUACAAGUUCGUCAAAAGUGUCAUGAGCAUAAUUGACGUGGUGGCCAUCAUGCCUUACUACAUCGGCUUGGUUAUGACUGACAACGAGGACGUGAGCGGGGCCUUCGUCACCCUCAGGGUCUUCAGGGUCUUUCGGAUUUUCAAAUUUUCGCGGCACUCCGCGGGACUGCGCAUCCUGGGGUACACGCUCAAGAGCUGCGCGUCCGAGCUGGGCUUCCUGCUCUUCUCGCUCACCAUGGCCAUCAUCAUCUUCGCCACCGUCAUGUUCUACGCGGAGAAGAGCUCAUCCGCCAGCAAGUUCACCAGCAUACCGGCGGCUUUCUGGUACACCAUCGUCACCAUGACAACGCUGGGAUAUGGAGACAUGGUUCCUAAGACCAUCAUGGGAAAGAUCUUUGGCUCUGUUUGUUCUUUGAGUGGCGUGUUGGUGAUCGCUCUUCCCGUUCCCGUCAUUGUGUCCAAUUUCAGUCGGAUCUACCAUCAGAGUCAGCGCGCAGAGAAGCGUCGUGCCCAAAAGGCAUCAAAAGAGGCUGGCCAAGCUUUGGUAUGUAAGGCCAACCCCACUUUUGAUACCCAUCAUCACCAUCUUCUGCACUGCUUGGAGAAAACCACGAAUCAUGAGUUUGUGGAUGAGCAAACUUACGAGACAAACUGUAUGGAGGUUUCCCUAACAAAGCCGUCCAUGUCCCGUUCCUCCUCGCUGUCCUCCUCUCCACACGGCCUGUCCUCCUGCUGCACGCGCAGAAACAAGCGCAAAAGCUUCAAUGUCCCCAAUUACAACAUGGCCGGUGGCCGCAGGAACAGCAUACAGGAGCUCAGCACCAUCCACAUCAGAGAGAGACCAAUGAGCAACAGUUUGAUGGGAUCGGCAGAUAUUUGGGACGAAUAA